CUUUUCUGAGCGUUAAACAGCACGCAUCGACAUGCAUUCACUCAGUUUCACAACUGCAGAGGGGACACACAAGAGAUCGUCCACUUUCACCGACAGCAACAUGUCCCUGUUGAAUCUUUACAUCUGCUCUGGCCUUCUGCUCUGCUUCCCUUGGUGCUCGACUGGAGGGUGCACUGAUGGGACACCCAGAGAGUGUCUGGAUGCCGAAUUCGCCCCAGGUUCAAAUUUGGCUGGGGAAGGCUUUGACAUUACCAAGAUGGAGCGUAAAGCGGCGUUUGUGCUCGACAUGAAUCAGUGGAAACGCAAGGACAAGACUUGCACCCUCUGUGUUAACCCCUUUCUGGAGGGCAAAAAGCAAAAGCUGCCCCUGUCUGUGUUGGACUGGAGGGCCAAACAGUCCUGCAGCACUAAGGUAUCCUCUAAACUUCAUAAAUCCAGCGAGGCUCUGGUCAGCUCCAGCACCUCUUCUGUUGAAAACAACUGGAAAGCAGAGUUAGAAGUUGAAGCGAAGGGUAAAUCUGCCAACUUCAUGCUGGCUGGGAGCAACUCUAAACUGGCAGAAUACUCCAUGGAAAAAACAAAGAAUGACAAGUUCAGCUUCGCCAGUAUCAGCAUGUCCUGUGAGUACUACAGCUACAGAGUGUCCAGCACUCCCAAGCUGAACAAAGAUUUCAACAAAGCAGUGAAAAAGCUUCCUAAAGUCUACAGCCCAGAAUACAAGCAAAGAUUUUACAAACUGAUUGAUGACUUUGGCACCCAUUACCUCACCAAGGUGAAGCUGGGAGGACAAGCUGAUACUGUGACCAGCAUCAGGCAGUGUGAAGCUAGCCUGCAGGGUGUAAAUACAGAGGAGAUUCAAAUGUGUCUGGAGGCCGAAGCAUCUGCAAGCGUCAGAGUUAGCGCUAAAGCAGAAGUAAAGCACUGCCAAACGAUUACAGACAAAAUGGACAAUCAGAAAUCCUUCUCUGACAGGUUCAGUGACAGGUUCACAGAAAUAAAAGGAGGGUUAACUACAGAUGCAGACCUUCUUUUUUCUGCCAACAAAAACCCAGAAGCCUACGCAGAAUGGCUCCGUUCAGUACCACAGCAUCCAGAUAUCACUUCAUAUUCCCUUGCAUCACUUCACGGAUUGCUACCUGAAAACACUCCGGUCAGGAAAAACCUGCGCAAGGCCAUCAGCCAUUACAUCCUGGAGAAAGGUCUGUGGAGGAACUGCAGUGAGCGCUGUCAUGCCGGAAUAAGGUCUGACUCCAUGGAUUCCUGCGUCUGCCAGUGCCACAACGAACCUGCUGUGAACCCGGACUGCUGCCCGACCCGCAAGGGAAUGGCCCGUGUAAUCAUAACGGUGCUGAAGGCUUCAGAUCUGUGGGGAGACCACAGCACUGCCACAGAUGGCUACAUCAAGGUAUUUGUUGAUAAACAGCAAGUUCACCGUACUUCAGUUAUUGAAAACAACAACAACCCACACUGGGACUCCAUCGUUGACCUGGACACCAGGGACAUCUCCUCUGGGAACGUAGUGCGAUUUGAAGUUUGGGAUCAGGACAACAACUGGGAUGAUGAUCUGCUGGGGGAAUGUACGCGACGUCUGUCUGCUGGUGUCUUACAAGAUGUGUGCGCUCUCCAGCACGGCCGAUUUUUCUUCAAAUGGGAGGUGAAGUGUAUUCCAAGUCUGACCGGAGAUUUGUGCUUGGACUAUAACCCGUCACGCAUGAGUCAAAGCCUGAGGGGCCUUUACACGUCCCGUCACGCCCAUCCCAUCCCAAAAUCCAUCCUGGUGAAGAUGGGUGUGUUUGUGGACGAAAGAAGCUCAAACAGAAACGAGAGCCUGGCUGUGAAAACCUUGGCAUGAUACCUUCCUCCGGCUGCUUUACUAAGGCUUCAACAGCAACAUUAACCAUUUAUUUAGAUUAGUGUGUUAGCAUCAUCGGUUUGCAUGAAUUUUAACUCUCCAAUAUCUGAUUUCAUCUCAGUUUGAUCUGGACUCAGUUCUGUCAUUUCCAUAUACAGAUACUCUUGAGAGUUUAAUUAGUAUUUUAUUAAUAUUGCAGCCUAUUUGAAUAUUAAUGAGUAACAACCUGCCUAUAUGUACUUUACAUGUUAAAGUAGUUAUGUGUGUGUUUGCUGGCGUCCUUCUAAUUAUAACCUCAUUUAUACCUUUUUAUUGUUUUAUGUACAGAUUCUGAAAUAUUAUUCUGAAAGCUUUUUUUCCUCAUAUUUAUCCAGAGUAAAAGCAUAUCUUCUGAA